UGUAUUAUAGACUGCUACUGAAGCUCUAUCCACUAUUUUGUAAACAUUAUGUUUAAAUUUAUGUAAAAAUACUUCUGUUUAGUUACCAAGUUUGGGAAGAAUACAGUGGUUUGAACUUUAUGGGUUGAAUCGAAUUGCUUUUAAUUUAAAGCAGAUAAGAAAGUGUUUGAUAAACAAAAAGUGUAUCUAACCGACUGUAAUGCGAACUACCAAUAUGUAGUAUCUAAUUGAUGGUAAUUAAAAGCGAUUACGGUAGCAUGAAACGUAACCGGAAGUAUAUUUGGAACAGUUCUCAAUUAAUCUGUAAUAAAUAGAACCACCAUCAUGUCGGAAAUAAAGUUGGAUACGCCGGCUGAAGAUGACAUGGCUACAAGAGUGUUCUGGGAGAUACUUUCGCCCCUCGGUUACAUUCCGCAACCAGUGAAGGAAGCCUUGAAAUUGACCGGAUUCGAUAAUCUGCUAUCUCUUUCCGCUAUGCGGGAAUCAGACCUGGAUGACAUCUCCACGCAGCACAAGUUACCGAUGGGUCAUCGACGGCUGGUGAAGGUCCUGUCGGAGCGAAUCAAUCAGCUUGGAAUAGAUGACCUUACAGCAAAACUGUUACGGAAACUAGAUCGGCAAGCAACAACGAUUGUCAAAGUGUCAAAACCAACGCCUCCCAAUCCGACGAGCAGCGACUCGCGUGACGAAUCACCGGUUUCACGACCGGUACCUUCUAGUGAGACACUGGUCGAAAUUUACCGGACCAAGUUACAACAGAAUAUUCUCUCUUGGCUCACUACGCAUGGUGAACUCGGAUCGAAGGAUGUUGAACUUCAGGAUAUCAACAUCAACGUUUCUAUGCAGGAAGGCAAACUACAGGGUUCCGUUAUUUGUCCAUUUUGUCGCAUGGAAAUCAAAAUUUACAUCCGGGCCCCGGAUGCAGAUAGCAGCGGCGCGAUCGCAAAUUCCAACUAUAUCAAACAUUACAAUCGAAUGCACCGGAAGGUACCGUUACCGCCAAAGUCUCCGGCUACCAAUAGUUGGUCGUCUCCGUUCAGUCACGGUACGCCACCACCGGGAUCGAUGUUAGUCCUGGAACAACAUCAACAGGCACUGGCUCAGCUCCAUGCGGAACAGCAAGCAGCGGCCUAUGCUGCCGUGACCGCUGCAGCCAGUGCCAGUGCCGCCGGAGGAAAUGGAAACACCAGUGCAGGACCAUCCGGCGGGCAACUUCCGAACCCGGCGGCCAUGUACGAGCUGCUAUUCAAACAGGAAUCCAACAGUUGGGAUGAGUAGGGACAAGUUUCGUUUUCUUUUAAUGUAAAUGCUCAUAUCCAUACGAGCCCUCGCCUAUUGUCUCUUCGUUUGUAAUAUUUAGAAAUACAGAAUAUUCCGACAUAAGUAAGAUAAUAAUUGAUUAGACUCUAUUUUUUGUGAAAACUUAAAAUGCAUCUAGAACUGAAAGCAAGCCACAUGUGUAAGGUACUAAUAUAGACUGUUGUAUGCAAAGUAAAAAGUGUUUCAUUCAAAUCAAUUUAACUAAUACCUUGAAAUAAUCGGAAAC